GCCACGGCCGCAACACCCGCAGCGCCCGCCGUGUGAGCGGCAGCAGCGGGUCUGUCACCCGGAGUCGGAGUCCCCGGCGGCCACCAGCGUCCUCGCGAGCCGAGCGCCCAGGCGCGCCCGGAGCCCGCGGCGGCGGCGGCGGGAACAUGGCCUCGGCUGGUAACGCCGCCGGGGCCCUGGGCAGGCAGGCCGGCGGCUGGAGGCGCAGAAGGACCGGUGGACCGCACCGCGCCGUGCCAGACCGGGACUAUCUGCACCGGCCCAGCUACUGCGACGCCGCCUUCGCUCUGGAGCAGAUUUCCAAGGGGAAGGCUACUGGCCGGAAAGCACCGCUGUGGCUGAGAGCGAAGUUUCAGAGACUCUUAUUUAAACUGGGUUGUUACAUUCAAAAGAACUGCGGCAAGUUUUUGGUUGUUGGUCUCCUUAUAUUUGGGGCCUUCGCUGUGGGAUUAAAGGCAGCUAAUCUUGAGACCAACGUGGAAGAGCUGUGGGUGGAAGUUGGUGGACGAGUGAGUCGAGAAUUAAACUAUACCCGCCAGAAGAUAGGAGAAGAGGCUAUGUUUAAUCCUCAACUCAUGAUACAGACUCCAAAAGAAGAAGGCGCUAAUGUCCUGACCACAGAGGCUCUCCUGCAACACCUGGACUCAGCACUCCAGGCCAGUCGUGUGCACGUCUACAUGUAUAACAGGCAAUGGAAGCUGGAACAUUUGUGCUACAAAUCAGGGGAACUUAUCACAGAGACAGGUUACAUGGAUCAGAUAAUAGAAUACCUUUAUCCUUGCUUAAUCAUUACACCUUUGGACUGCUUCUGGGAAGGGGCAAAGCUACAGUCCGGGACAGCAUACCUCCUAGGUAAGCCUCCUUUACGGUGGACAAACUUUGACCCCUUGGAAUUCCUAGAAGAGUUAAAAAAAAUAAACUACCAAGUGGACAGCUGGGAGGAAAUGCUGAAUAAAGCAGAAGUUGGCCAUGGGUAUAUGGACCGGCCUUGCCUCAACCCAGCCGACCCAGAUUGCCCUGCCACAGCCCCCAACAAAAAUUCAACCAAACCUCUUGAUGUGGCCCUUGUUUUGAAUGGUGGAUGUCAAGGUUUAUCCAGGAAGUAUAUGCAUUGGCAGGAGGAGUUGAUUGUGGGUGGUACCGUCAAGAAUGCCACUGGGAAACUUGUCAGCGCUCAUGCCCUGCAAACCAUGUUCCAGUUAAUGACUCCCAAGCAAAUGUAUGAACACUUCAGGGGCUACGACUAUGUCUCUCACAUCAACUGGAAUGAGGACAGGGCAGCUGCCAUCCUGGAGGCGUGGCAGAGAACUUAUGUGGAGGUGGUUCAUCAAAGUGUCGCCCCAAACUCCACUCAAAAGGUGCUUUCCUUCACCACCACGACCCUGGACGACAUCCUAAAAUCCUUCUCUGAUGUCAGUGUCAUCCGAGUGGCCAGUGGCUAUCUACUGAUGCUUGCCUAUGCCUGUUUAACCAUGCUGCGCUGGGACUGCUCCAAGUCCCAGGGUGCCGUGGGGCUGGCUGGCGUCCUGUUGGUUGCGCUGUCAGUGGCUGCAGGAUUGGGCCUCUGCUCCUUGAUUGGCAUUUCCUUUAAUGCUGCGACAACUCAGGUUUUGCCGUUUCUUGCUCUUGGUGUUGGUGUGGACGACGUCUUCCUCCUGGCACACGCGUUCAGUGAAACAGGACAGAAUAAGAGGAUUCCAUUCGAGGACAGGACUGGGGAGUGCCUCAAGCGCACAGGAGCCAGCGUGGCCCUCACCUCUAUCAGCAAUGUCACUGCUUUCUUCAUGGCUGCGUUGAUUCCUAUUCCUGCUCUACGAGCGUUCUCCCUCCAGGCUGCUGUGGUGGUGGUAUUCAAUUUUGCCAUGGUAUUGCUCAUUUUUCCUGCGAUUCUCAGCAUGGAUUUAUACAGACGUGAGGACAGAAGAUUGGAUAUUUUCUGCUGUUUCACAAGUCCCUGUGUCAGCAGGGUAAUUCAAGUUGAACCACAGGCCUACACAGAGCCUCACAGUAACACCCGGUACAGUCCCCCACCCCCGUACAGCAGCCACAGCUUUGCCCACGAAACCCACAUCACUAUGCAGUCCACCGUUCAGCUCCGCACAGAGUACGAUCCUCACACACACGUGUACUACACCACCGCCGAGCCGCGCUCCGAGAUCUCUGUACAGCCUGUCACCGUCACCCAGGACACCCUCAGCUGUCAGAGCCCUGAGAACACCAGCUCCACCAGGGACCUGCUCUCCCAGUUCUCAGACUCCAGCCUCCACUGCCUCGAGCCCCCAUGCACCAAGUGGACACUCUCUUCGUUUGCAGAAAAGCACUAUGCUCCUUUCCUCUUGAAACCCAAAGCCAAGGUUGUGGUAAUCCUUCUUUUCCUGGGCUUGCUGGGGGUCAGCCUUUAUGGGACCACCCGAGUGAGAGAUGGACUGGACCUCACAGACAUUGUACCCCGGGAAACCAGAGAAUAUGACUUCAUAGCUGCCCAGUUCAAGUACUUCUCUUUCUACAACAUGUAUAUAGUCACCCAGAAAGCAGACUACCCAAAUAUCCAACACCUACUUUACGACCUUCAUAAGAGUUUCAGCAAUGUGAAGUAUGUCAUGCUGGAGGAGAACAAGCAACUUCCCCAAAUGUGGCUGCACUACUUUAGAGACUGGCUUCAAGGACUUCAGGAUGCAUUUGACAGUGACUGGGAAACUGGGAGGAUCAUGCCAAACAAUUAUAAAAAUGGAUCGGAUGAUGGGGUCCUCGCUUACAAACUCCUGGUGCAGACUGGCAGUCGAGACAAGCCCAUCGACAUUAGUCAGUUGACUAAACAGCGUCUGGUGGACGCAGAUGGCAUCAUUAAUCCGAGCGCUUUCUACAUCUACCUGACUGCUUGGGUCAGCAAUGACCCUGUGGCUUACGCUGCCUCCCAGGCCAACAUCCGGCCUCACCGACCAGAGUGGGUCCACGACAAAGCUGACUACAUGCCAGAGACCAGGCUGAGAAUCCCAGCAGCAGAGCCCAUCGAGUAUGCCCAGUUCCCUUUCUACCUCAACGGCCUCCGAGACACCUCAGACUUUGUGGAAGCCAUAGAAAAAGUGAGAGUCAUCUGUAACAACUACACAAGCCUGGGACUCUCCAGCUACCCCAAUGGCUACCCCUUCCUGUUCUGGGAGCAGUACAUCAGCCUGCGCCACUGGCUGCUGCUAGCCAUCAGCGUGGUGCUGGCCUGCACGUUUCUAGUGUGUGCAGUCUUCCUCCUGAACCCCUGGACGGCCGGGAUCAUUGUCAUGGUCCUGGCUUUGAUGACCGUUGAGCUCUUUGGCAUGAUGGGCCUCAUUGGAAUCAAGCUGAGUGCUGUGCCUGUGGUCAUCCUGAUUGCAUCUGUUGGCAUCGGAGUGGAGUUCACCGUCCACGUGGCUUUGGCCUUUCUGACAGCCAUCGGGGACAAGAACCACAGAGCUAUGCUUGCUCUGGAACACAUGUUCGCUCCUGUUCUGGACGGUGCUGUGUCCACUCUGCUGGGUGUAUUGAUGCUUGCAGGAUCCGAAUUUGAUUUCAUUGUCAGAUACUUCUUUGCAGUCCUGGCCAUUCUCACCAUCUUGGGGGUUCUCAACGGAUUGGUUCUGCUGCCUGUUCUCUUAUCAUUCUUUGGACCGUGUCCUGAGGUGUCUCCAGCCAAUAGCCUAAACCGACUGCCCACUCCUUCGCCUGAGCCUCCUGCAAGUGUCGUUCGGUUUGCCGUGCCUCCUGGUCACACGAACAACGGGUCUGAUUCCUCUGACUCGGAGUACAGCUCUCAGACCACAGUGUCUGGCAUCAGUGAGGAGCUCAGGCAUUACGAAGCACAGCAGGGUGCCAGAGGUCCUGCCCACCAAGUGAUUGUGGAAGCCACAGAAAACCCCGUCUUUGCCCGGUCCACUGUGGUCCAUCCUGACUCUAGACAUCAGCCUCCCCUGAACCCUCGGCAACAGCCCCACCUGGACUCUGGCUCCUUGUCCCCUGGACGGCAAGGCCAGCAGCCUCGAAGGGAUCCUCCCAGAGAAGGCUUGCGGCCACCCCCCUACAGACCGCGCAGAGACGCUUUUGAAAUUUCUACUGAAGGGCAUUCUGGCCCUAGCAAUAGGGACCGCUCAGGGCCCCGUGGGGCCCGUUCUCACAACCCUCGGAACCCAACGUCCACCGCCAUGGGCAGCUCUGUGCCCAGCUACUGCCAGCCCGUCACCACUGUGACAGCUUCCGCUUCUGUGACUGUUGCUGUGCACCCCCCACCUGGACCUGGGCGCAACCCUCGAGGGGGACCCUGUCCAGGCUAUGAGAGCUACCCUGAAACUGAUCACGGGGUGUUCGAGGAUCCCCAUGUGCCUUUUCAUGUCAGGUGUGAGAGGAGGGACUCGAAGGUGGAGGUCAUAGAGCUGCAGGACGUGGAGUGUGAGGAGAGGCCGUGGGGGAGCAACUCCAACUGAGGGUAAUUAAAAUCUGAAGCAAAGAGGCCAAAGAUUGGAAAGCCCCGCCCCCACCUCUUUCCAGAACUGACUGCUUGAAGAGAACUGCUUGGAAUUAUGGGAAAGCAGUUCAUUGUUACUGUAACUGAUUGUAUUAUUUUGUGAAAUAUUUCUAUAAAUAUUUAAAAGGUGUACACAUGUAAUAUACAUGGAAAUGCUGUACAGUCUAUUGCCUGGGGCCUCUCCACUCCUGCCCCAGAGUGGAGAGACCACAGGGGUCGUUUCCCCUGUGUACAUUGGUCUCUGUGCCGCAACCAAGCUUAACUUAGUUUUUAAAAAUCUCCCAGCAUAUGUCGCUGCUGCUUAAAUAUUGUAUAAUUUACUUGUAUAAUUCUAUGCAAAUAUUGCUUAUGUAAUAGGAUUAUUUGUAAAGGUUUCUGUUUAAAAUAUUUUAAAUUUGCAUAUCACAACCCUGUGGUAGGAUGAAUUGUUACUGUUAACUUUCGAACACGCUAUGCGUGGUAAUUGUUUAACGAGCAGACAUGAAGAAAACAAGUUAAUCCCAGUGGCUUCUCUAGGGGUAGUUGUAUACAGUUCGCAUGGGUGGGUGGGUGUGUGCAUGUGACUUUCCAAUGUACUGUGUUGUGAUUUAUUGUUGUUCAUUUUUGUGUUUUUUGUUGCUUUGUAUGAUCUUAGCUCUGGCCUAGGUGAGCUGGGAAGGUCCAGGUCUUUUACUGGGACUAUUCAAGAGAAGCCAAAUUUGCUUCAUGCCUGUGGCAACUUUUGAGGCCAUGGGUAGCCCUCCAAGCAUCUCUCCUUGUGUUUCAAAGAGAAGAUGUUUUCACAGACAUAGUUUUGCCUAUUAGGGCGUCUAUAGUCAGCAGUCAUCACUGGUGGUUUAAAAAAAAAAAAAAGGACAUUGCCUGAUGGUGAGUCUCAGCUGGGGUGAUAGAGGGAUGUGUGGUUGUCCCCUUUCAGGUGAUUAUACACAGCCUCCCACCCCAUACCCCAGAUUCAGGCCCAAAAGACCUGUUUCAUUGAAGGUCUGUAUUCAAGCCUUUACAAAUGAGAGUCUCUCCCUUGCUAUGACUGCCUGGUUGGGGUAGGCUACUUGUGGUGCAGUCAGCUAUGUGUGGUGAGUUUCUAAGGACUCUUUUUCCACAUGUUCUUUUCCUGUGCAUACUUCCUUCUCUUACCCACUGUUAGCAUCCACCCAGUGUGAUGUCUGUGAAAGAGCAGGAAGAUGCCACCCCAUAAAAGUAUAUAGAGUAAGCUCUUUGAACCAGGUGUUCCCUUUCCCUGAGGUUUGGGUUUCUUUGUCUCUGGCCAGCAAUUAGUAGGUAGGGGAGCAAAUGCCCUUAUCCCUUGCAAGUAAACAUGGAGGACUUGUCUCAAAGGAAGGAAGUCUAGCACCCGUGGAAGCUGUUGUGAGGAGUGUACUCUAAAUGGAGCUUCCCUGAAUCCCUCCUAUCCUUCAUGGAAAAAUUUAAGGGGAUGGGUCCCUAGUAGUACCAGUAAUCUAGUGCCCUCAGACUCUAAAACUUAUCCCCCAAGCUGUAAGGUACUAAUUGGAAGCCACCUGUGACUACCAAGUAAGUGUGUGUGUGUGUGUGUGUGUGUGUGUGUGUGUGUGUGUGUACACACGCAUGUUUUUUCUGUGUGUGUGCCAGAGGCCCUGGCCAUCCACUGCUACUGUCUUAAUGCCUGUCAAGCCACUGUCUGCCUACCCAACACCAGCUCUGCUCAGAUGUCUUGCACCCUGAGUUGAGGAAGGGGAUGUAAGAUGCUGAAGCCACAUUUGCUGUGGUUCUUAAUUGUGUCCCUUGUGCCUGAGCCUUGCACAUGUGGCAGAAGAAGUUCGUACAUCCUCUCAGCUUCUGUGCAUCAUGAAUACCAUCAGCCAAGGCAGGAAGGACACAGAGCUGACAGGAGACUAAAGUCAGAGUGUGUGUCUCUGUCUGUCUCAUAGUUUUAUUUUGUCUGUAUUGUUUGUUCAUUUGGAUGUUUUAAUUUUUAAAAGAGAAGAUCUUUGCUGAUAUUUAUAAUUUUGUAUCAUAAGAAUGUCCUCCAGAAUUUGUCAUGCCAGUUUAUAACAAAAAAAAAUUUUGCAGGGAUUUUAUUUCUAUUGGAAACACUUAUUGCAGUUAUGUUUUACUUUUGAACAGAAGUUUUAUUUGUAUAGAGUGCUUACUAAUGUUAAAUAGUUCAGAGUAUAUAACAUUUACAUUAAAGACUCAUGGUAGGUUUUAGUGUAAGGAGUUUAAAGGAAAUAAAUAUUCAAACUGGGUCUCGUCUGCCAAUUUGGGUGGAAAUGAGUUUGUGUCAUUUCAAUUACAAAGAUGAAAGUAUGCCAUAUAAUUUAUUUAUAUGAAAAUUUAUUUUUGUAGUGUACAUAGUAGUCAUCAAGUCUUUUGACAGAAGUAUAUUUUUAAAGAAUUUAUAUGUGAUGAAAUCCAUAAUGUCUGGAACUUUGCUGAGACAUGGGUGUGAGGACACAUUUCGUUAUAACUGACAGCAAGGGAGAGAGUAUGUUUUAACAGUGUUAAGAGAGUACUCGUGAGCAGCGAUCCAUGUGACUGGAAAGUGUUGGUGUGAGCAUGGUGACCUAGUGCGGUUCUCAGAUGAAAAUGUACAAAACUCUCUAAAUAUUAAUGUUCAAACACUGAUAGAAAUUCUAACAUGAAUAAAGAUAAUAUAACUUGUUGGUUUA